GAAUCCACGUCUCCGCCACUGAAAAACAUCUCAACAUCUGACUCUUCCUUCCCACCUCACCGCAAUCUUCAACUCCAAUCUCCGCGUCCGAUAAAGCACACUCCGAUUCUGAUUCCUCAUCCCCACAUUCCUUUCCGCAACUGACAUGUCCUUCGAGGAAGAGGAGUCUCUCGAGCACACCCUCCUCGUCGUCCGGGAGGUCUCCGUCUACAAAAUACCCCCCCGCUCCACCUCCGGCGGCUACAAGUGCGGCGAGUGGCUGCAGUCUGAUAAGAUCUGGUCCGGUCGUCUCCGGGUGGUAUCUUGUAAGGACCGAUGCGAGAUCCGGUUAGAGGAUCCGAACACCGGGGAGCUAUUCGCGGCUUGCUUCUUGCAGCCUGGCCAGCGCGAUAACUCGGUCGAGCCCGCCCUUGACUCAUCCCGGUACUUCGUACUCAAGAUCGAGGACGGACACGGGAAGCACGCGUUUAUCGGGCUUGGCUUCAAUGAACGGAACGAGGCGUUUGAUUUCAAUGUGGCGUUGUCUGAUCACGAGAAGUAUGUAAAGAGAGAGCAGGAGAAGGAAACGGGGGAGACGAGUGAUAAUGAGAAUCAUAUUGAUAUCCAUCCUGCGGUUAAUCACAGAUUGAAGGAAGGUGAGACCAUCAGGAUAAAUGUAAAGCCGAAGCCAACGAGUGGGACUGGCAUGCUUUCAGCGGCUGGGUUGUCAGGUGGGCUUGCUGGAAGUGCAAAGCCUAAAACUUUGGGACUUGCCCCGCCACCCAGCGGCACAGGUAAAAUAAGAUCUCCUCUCCCACCCCCUCCAAAUGACCCUGCUGCUGUUCGGAUUACCUCGUCCAGUCUCAAGGCACCAAAGGAAAACACAAGACGACCUGAUCCUCUAUCAGAUUUUUCUCAGCUUGAGGUACACUUCUAUCCUCAUCCUUUGCAAUGCAUGAUAUGUUCCCUGUGCUCUAGGAACUUAGCAUUAGCAUGUUUUUCAUAACCUUCUCCAAACUUUAGGUGUUUUUGAUGCUGCUUCUAUCUUUUUCUCAAAAGUGUAUUUGAUUGAAUGUACUGGCUGUUGGCUUGUAAUCACCUAGUUGCAUCUCAGUUUGUAGAUACUAGAUAAGAUGAUAAUUGAACUUGAUGCCAAGGAAUAGUUGUAUCCAUAAUGGAGGGAUUCUAAUUUUUCUUGGUGAUGUUGAGUCCAUUUUUGUUCCAUGUAACUAGUUUGUUGGUAUUUGCAGAGGAAUCUCCCUUCUGCUACUGGAUCAGCAUCUACGAAGACCACUGCAUCAGGAUGGGCGGCUUUCUAAUUGUGUGAACAUUUGUUCAGUAUGUAAAAUCUUUUAUUUGGUUAUUUUUUGAUUUCAGAAAGAAAAUGAAGAUAAACAUAAAAAGAAAGGACACGGUACUUCACAAUUCCAUAUUUGGAAUAAUAUUUCCAAGAUCACUAUUGAUAUGCUCCUCUUAACUUACUUGAAUUGAAUUUUUAUGUUCAUGCUUUUGUUAUAAAUAAAUAUUGUAGGGAAAUGAUUUUUCUUGUUACAUUGUAGUGUUUCUUAAUCUUGGUUGCUACCCUCAUGCACACCAUUAUUAAAGUGGCCGUGAAUCCUGUCAUACGUUUGAAGAACUAUCAUCUAGUUGUUCUCUUAGUAAAACCAUAAAAUCGAG